GCGGAGGGAGAGGAGAAGGAAGGGCUGGGACUACGUUUCCCGUCGACCCGGUGCGGCGGGGCGGGGUACAAAGCGGCGCUACCUGGGCGGCAGGUGAGCCGUGCAGGACCGGGCUGCGGGAUGCCGUUCUCCAGCUCCAGCGCGGACGACGCGUUCGAUUACCUCUUUAAGAUCAUCCUGAUCGGGGACUCCAACGUGGGGAAGACGUGCGUGGUGCACCGCUUCAAGACGGGGCAGUUCUACGAGAAGCAGCAGAACACCAUCGGGGUGGACUUCACCGUGCGCUCCGUGGAUAUCGACGGCAAGAAGGUCAAGAUCCAAGUGUGGGACACGGCUGGUCAGGAGCGCUUCCGGACAAUAACCCAGUCCUAUUACAGGAGCGCCCAUGGAGCCAUCCUUGCCUACGACCUCACUAGGAGGUCCACGUUUGAGUCUAUUCCUCACUGGAUUCAUGAGGUUGAAAAGUAUGGUGCUGCAAACUUGGUCAUGAUGUUAAUUGGGAACAAGUCAGACAUGGUGGAUAAGCGACAAGUCCUGUUUGAAGAUGCCUGCACUCUGGCUGAGAAGUAUGGGCUUCUCGCUGUACUGGAGACAUCAGCCAAAGAAGCUCAGAACAUUGAAGAGGUGUUUGUGUUGAUGGCUAAGGAGCUGAUAGCCCGAAAUACCUUGCAGCUUCAUGGAGAGAGUCCUCCAAACAGCGUCUACCUUGAUUCCAGGCCGGUGAUUGCCAGUCCAAGUGCAGAGAAGACGCAGUGCCUUUGUUGAAUGCUCUCUGUGGGAACAAGAAAGUUGGAAGUCCUCAUUUUUCUGAGGCUAUGUUUGAUCUCAGUUUAAUUCAGAUGAUGGAAGUUUGCUACGUGGCCUCGAGCCAUCUCUCGUAUUUCCACCUUGCAGUUUGGUGUGUAAGUAUCUUCAGCGAUCACUGUUGCUGUUGGCAGCACAGGUUGCUUGGAACAUGGCAACUGAUACCUUAACGGGAACUUGUAAGCUGAGAGAGCUCAGGAAGCUGCCAGCCUUUGCCUUAACCAAAGAGAACUGUAAAGGGAAAAAAAGCGAUUGCCUUUAACUAUAUGUUUGAGACGUUUUCCUGGCUAUGUCAGGAGAUAAAUUUGCACUAGGAGCUGCAUUGAUUUGAUUCUUCUGAGAUGUGUCGUCUGUUGUAGUGCAAGCUUUCCAGCCAGCAGCUUUAAAAUGCCUGUUGUACUUGGACAGCACUAACCCACUGCUGCCUUAGCUUUCAUGUAGGGGAGGGCCUGAUGUCAGGCACGGAGCCACCCAUGCCGAGCUAUUGAAGACCAGCAUUUGUAAGAGGGUGCAAUUUCACAGCUGUAUUGCUUUCCUCGCUAGACAAAGCUGGAGUCAUCCUCAGUCCUUCAAAGCAGGCAGGAUAUGGUACGUUAGGGUCCCAACCCUCUCCUGGGAGUCAGAACCACUGUCUUUCAUUUUGUUCUUGAAUUAUAGGAGCUGUAACUAGUAGUGAGCUGUCUCGUUACACAGAGUUAUUAGGAGCACUGAAGCUUCCAAGGCCACAGUAGCCUCUAUUAAUGCUGGGGUGAAAGGGCUACUUUGUUUUCUUAAGCCUGUCUUGCUUCUGAUAUACUGAUCUUUAUCAAAAGCCGACUGAUAGCUUGUUUGAAAGUGCAAUGGUGGAGUGUGCCCGUAGAUUUCUUUUCAAAGGCUUGAAAAAGAAGGGAUUCAAGUCUGUGUAAAAUAGCAACAAGGAAUAUGGAUUAGCAAUGCAAGCUCACCUUAGAGCAGUUAAGGGAUGGGUGCUGAGCAUACAAGUAUGGACACUGUUGCCUGGGAGACUUAAUCAAAUAUCUUGGUAAGCAGUGGAAAGAUUUUUGUCUUGUCCCUACUAAGUGCAAGCAGUGCUACUGGAAGACUCAAUUCUAUGCACAGGAACUGAGAGCAGGUGGAGGGUUUUGUUAAUGUUUUCAGUAGAUAUAAACAGUGGAGGAAAAGAGGGGGAAGGGAGGAGGGGAAAGCAAUAAUAUACAGGAGAAGCCUUCAGAUGUACACAGUCCACGUGUACUGAAGUGUGUCACUUAAGCUGUUAAUGUUUAAGCUAUCAACUUGAAAUCACACUCUAACGAUAAAAUACAGUCUUGGUUAUAUGGAAAGAAGCCCUGGGAAGGUUGGCGAGCUGCCACUUGACAAGAUGGCGCUUUACCUGUGAUGUUUCACAAGUUCCUGAAAAGCAGGGGAGAAGAUGUAGCAAAUCCUUCUGGAAAAACUUGUCUGAAAAGCACAAAAAAAUAGAGUAAAAUUGCUGAUUUAGCCUUGAACAUCUAUUUAUUAUUAUUGAUUGCUCUGGCCAGGCUCUUUCCUACUGCACACUAAGAACAGUGGUUAAUUCAGCCACCCAUAAACAUAGCAGAAAGCUGCCCAGCUCAGGCUUGCACUUGAGCUGUUGUGUUUUGUUCUGCUCUGUUCCCUUUCAUUUGAUGGGUGUAAUGAUCUCCCUAUCUUUCCCUACCCCCCCUCAAGAAUCUGGUCUUAAAUACUUUCCCUGCCAUUCACCUUUGUGCAACUCAAACAGGAGUCCGUGCUUUCCUUUGGUUGCUUCUGCCUGCUGCCUUUCAGAACCCUCUAAGCAGUUAUAGUGAAUGGCUCCCACAGGGUCACUCUUCAUUCACAGGAAGAGCUUAGAGUGAGCUGCAGCAGUUGCUGAGAUUUUCAGGGUGCAGAUUAAUAGACUUAUUCAUAAGGUAGGAGCCGAUAUGAAGAAAACUACCAGCUCUGUUAACAAGCUUUAUCCUGUUGUUCUGGAGUGCACAAUAGCAACCAUCAGACGUGUCACUUUUGCCAGUGCCUUUAUCACAGCUAAUGGAAGCCAGCAGCUGCUGCCCAUGGAAGUUAACCAAGAAACAUAUCCACACCCAUGUCACGUGAAGCAGGCGGCACCUCCCCACGUGGUAGGGCAAAGAACUGAAAGGAUUCUGAAAUGGAGUGUGCACUGAAACCUCUUAAAAGCUGACUGGCUUAAAAGUAAGCAUGAUCACAACCCAAUGAUGUGGAAGGCGCAGGGCACUACUUAUGUGGUCACACUUCUCUAUGUACAUAAGGAACAGGCUCUUUGUAGCAAAAGCUGAGGUUCUUACCUAGUCAGUACAGAAUAGUUGAAAAGGAAACCAAGAAGGCACAUCCCAGGCCCAUGUGUGGUACAGAGCUCUGUCCUGGAGCCUCCUUUCAGGAAGCAGAUGUAUGCCAGUGCUCUGGGACAGAACCAAAGCUACCUUUUUCCCCAGCAGGCAAGUGUUCUAACCACAGCUACUCCUCCCCAGCUCUCAUUUAUGGAGUAGGGCUGCUAAUGAAGCUGAGGCAAAAAUUUAACAUACUCACAACUUGGAUUGCCUUGAUAACAGCUGUAUCCCUAAAUGUUACUGCUUAUCAGUUAUCACUGCCAAAUCUGGCUGGAUUUGCUCACCGGACACAAGGCUUACCUCAAUUGCAUGUGUACACAGAGUUAAAUACUGCCUCCAAUUCUACAGCUGAUUUAAGUUGCCUUUGUAGCUCCUCUGUUGGCAUUUUACAGCACAGUCCCAUAUUCUAUCUCAAUCCCAAGAUCUGUGUGGAUUACCUCCCUUUAAGCUGCUGCAGCAUGAAUAAUGCCAUAUAGACAAGUCCCACUCCAAACAGGAGAUGCUCUGUACCUCAAGCCACGCUCCAAACAGAAAUUCAUGUUGUGCCUCCCAUAACAGGAAAGAGUUACUAUGCAUUUCCUUAAAUGAACCAGGCCUCCCAGCAGCAAGAUUACAGAACGCGUUGUUGCUAUCAGGAAAGAGCAGCACUUAAAAGGAUUGUAAAGAAGCAGAGGCCCAGAUGAACUGAAGCAGCAGUUAAGCUGUUCAGAAGCACCCUUUGCUUUUACAAUUGCAAUCAGACCAAGGAGAACAUCCCAGCACUGCUAUGAAUACUCUACUCUUAUUCUCCUCCCAAUCUCUUCAGUUUCUCUAUCUUUGGAACUUAACUUACUUACCAUGUACUACGUUUUCUUUUUCAGUUUUGCUCUCCCUGUUUGCACAUUAAAAAUUGAUCUUUGUUGUCAUGA